AAGAAAGAAAGAAAUCCCCAACUGGACUCGUGAGAUUUGGUUCCUCCGUCUCACCCAAAUCAAAUCAAAUCAACAAAUCUUGGUGUCGGAACCCUAACCAAACUCCCAACUUGCACUCAAGCAUGGCGCCGGCGGCUGGUCGCGGCCGAGGACGAGGACGAGCCCGGGGACGCGGACGCGGCCGUGGCCGUGGACGCGCGGCCAAGACCCCGCCUCCCGCCCAAGAAGCCGCCGCGCCGGAGGAGGCUCCCGACGCCGCCGAGCAGCAGCAGGAGCAGGAGCUCACCGAGACCCACGAUGCCUCUGCCGGGCGGGAGACGAUUGAGAUCUCUGACUCGUCAGACGCAUCAUCCCCUCAGCCCCACCACAACCAACUCCAAGGCAUAGACCACAAGAUCAAGGACGAGCCAGGCUCGGCCAUGCUCGGCCCGAGUGAGGCCGACGUGCCAUCUGCCACCAGUGAUGACGGCCUAGUGCAGCAGCAGGAGAUGGAUACGGCCGCAGACAAAGAAGCUCUCCCUCCACAAGAAGCACAAGGACAUAAUAACCAGGAGGAUGCAGUGCCCGAUGCGAACGAGCAAGCGGUGCAGAACGAAGCGCAGGGAAAUAACCAGGAGGAGGUAACGGCCGACACCGACAAGCAAGCGGUACAGAUCCAAGAAACAGAGGUGAACCAGCACCAAGGGGGUGGAAAAGCCGACGACGAUGAUGAUGUAGCAGUAAAGACUGCUGCUGCUGCUACACAGAGUGCAACUGACGAUGCACAGAAUAAGCAAGACAGUCAAGCUGAAACGCUUGGCCAGGGAGAAAUGGUUGCUGCAACUGAUAAUAGUGCAGAGGACAAGCAAGACCAACUCCAGCAAGGACAAAUGGAUGCUGAGCAGGAAGAGGAGGAUCCCCAAGAGGUCAUUUUCGAGGACUCUGCCUCUGUGGGUGAAGGGCAAGCCGCAACUGAGCUCAAACAAGGAGAGGACCGUGCCAGGGCAACGGAGGAGGACGACGGGCAGGCUGCAGCCAAGAGCAAAAAUGAAGAGCAUCGUGCCAGGGCAGCGGAGAAGCACGGGCAGGCUGCAGGCGAGGUCAAAGAGAAUGAGGACGAGCGCAAGGUUAUGUCAGACAUGGCCAAGAACAGGCAGCGCAAAAAGGAGCUAGAGAUCUUUGUGGGAGGGCUGGACCGUGAAGCCGUCGAGGAGGAUAUUAGGAAGGUGUUCUCACAGGUCGGUGAUGUUGUGGAGGUCCGCCUCCACAAGGAUUUCUCGACCAGCAAGAACAAGGGCUUUGCAUUCGUCAGGUUUGCAAACAAAGAGCAGGUAGCUCGGGCGCUUGCUGAGAUGAAGAAUCCUAUGAUACAUGGCAAACGCUGUGGUGUUGCUGCUAGCGAGGACAACGAUACGCUGUUCUUGGGCAAUAUUUGCAACACAUGGACAAAGGAAGCUAUUAAGAAGAGGCUGCUUGACUAUGGGGUAGAAGGAGUUCAAAGCUUAACUCUUGUUCCUGAUACUCAAAACGAAGGCCAGAGCCGUGGUUUUGCAUUUCUUGAGUUCUCUUGCCACGCAGAUGCGAUGCUUGCAUUCAAAAGGCUGCAGCAACCAGAUGCUCUAUUUGGUCAUCCUGAGAGAACUGCAAAAGUUGCUUUUGCAGAGCCAAUAAAAGAAGCAGAUGCAGAAGUCAUGGCUCAGGUCAAAUCAGUUUUUAUUGAUGGACUUCCACCAUACUGGGAUGAAGAACGUGUUAAAAACCGAUUCAAAGCUUAUGGUUUGAUAGAACGAGUUGUGCUUGCUCGCAAUAUGUCUAGUGCUAAAAGAAACGAUUUUGGAUUUGUGAACUUCUCAACCCAUGAGGAGGCUCUUGCCUGUAUUGAAGCCACCAACAACACCGAACUGGGUGAUGAUGGAAAAGCAAAGCUAAAAGUAAGGGUUAGACUUUCGAACCCUCUACCUAAAAGUCAGGCUGUGAAAGGUGAAAUGAGUGGUGGGUUUCGAAUUGGACAUCCUGGAUCUGGUUUUAACAGGCCUGGUAGAGGUUUUAAUAGGGGAAGAGCUGCCCCUCGCCGGGAAGGUUUCCAUGGUGAUAGGGGUUUCAGUAAUCAUACUCCUGGUCGUGGUGGCAGAUUUAAUUCUGCAUACAGUAACAACAGUUUUGAAGCUUCGCCCUCUGAUUUCCGCGCCAGGCAGGCUCCUCCUGCCUUUCGAGGGGGUAGAUGGGAACCUUCCUCAGGAAGGCAUGAUUUCUUUGAUAGAGGGCAGGGGAGAGGAUAUCCUCCACCUAGAGGGCCAGCAUUUGAGCCCGAGGGUGAUUUUGGUAGACCCUUUGGUGAAAACCCAUAUUUCCAUGAAGACGUUCGGCAUAGCACCAAGAGGCCAUAUUCUCACAUGGAACCCGGUCCUGCUGGAUACUUUGAGCCUGGUCCUCCUCGUGUGCGCCCUCGCUUUGACCAUUACGACCAGCCACCAUUUUCUGGAGGGAACCGUUUUGAUCAUUAUGACCAGCCACCAUUUCCUGGAGGGGACCGCCACAGAGACUCUUUUGGGACGAGGGGUCCUUAUUCACGUGAUUACUAUGGCCAUGGUCCUGGUCCUGCCCCAGCCCCUGCCCCUCCCCCAGCUCAAUAUGGUAGGGGUUCGUUCCGACCACACCAUAGAGGUGGGCAUUCUGGAGGCGGGCAUUACCAUUAGGUGGUACCAGUGUAUGUCUCUUGUCACCUGGUAUGACUGCGUGUUGCUGGUCUUGUUUGAUAUUUGCAUCGUGCAACACUAACAUCAGUUUAUAUGCAGACUUCAGGUGGGUACUGCAUGACACUAGUGUUCGGUUUGGUAGUGACUAGUGAGAAACAUUAUGCCGCUUAUUAGCUAUCGUAGUACUCGCAAGUCAGUUGAUUGUUAGUUAUCUUGAUAAUUACUGUUGUUGGAGAAGAAUAAUCAAUUGUCCUUGUCAAAGGACAUGUUUGGGGUCAUGAAUCUAUUGUGAGGAUAUUGGUGGAUGAUGUUAUAUCACUAGAAGCAUGAUAUGGACCUCUCUGUAUUUGAUUAGAUAACAUUAUGGAUUAUGGAUUUUAGACAAUUUUUGUUA